AUGGAGGAGAAGGCCAAGAAGGAGGCCGAGGAGAAGGCCAAGCUAGAAGCCGAAGCCAAGGCCAAGCAAGAAGCCGAAGCCAAGGCAAAGGCUGAUGCUGAAGAGGCCAAGAAGAAGGAGGCCGACUCCAAGACGGCCAAGAAGGAGGAGAAGGCCAAGAAGGAGGCCGAGGAGAAGGCCAAGCUAGAAGCCGAAGCCCAAGCAAAGGCUGAUGCUGAAGAGGCCAAGAAGAAGGAGGCCGACUCCAAGACGGCCAAGAAGGAGGAGAAGGCCAAGAAGGAGGCCGAGGAGAAGGCCAAGAAGGAGGCCGAGGAGAAGGCCAAGCAAGAAGCCGAAGCCAAGGCCAAGCAAGAAGCCGAAGCCAAAGCAAAGGCUGAUGCUGAAGAGGCCAAGAAGAAGGAGGCCGACUCCAAGACGGCCAAGAAGGAGGAGAAGGCCAAGAAGGAGGCCGAGGAGAAGGCCAAGCUAGAGAUGAAGCCCAAGCAAAGGCUGAUGCUGAAGAGGCCAAGAAGAAGGAGGCCGACUGGAAGACGGCCAAGAAGGAGGAGAAGGCCAAGAAGGAGGCCGAGGAGAAGGCCA